CGGGGUUUAGGGAACGCGCAUGAAGAACGCGCCUCCGAGGUUGGCAGGAAGCGGGAGCGCGCCCCCGGCCGGUGCCGAACUGUUGUGAGCGCGCUGCGGGGAAAGGGAGCGGAGACCGGAGAGAGUUCCACAGAGUCUGGAAGGAGCUGUAAAGCCGAUGUAUAAUGACUGCGUAAUUCAGAGAAAGUGACAUGUGAAGGAGAAUUACAAGAUCUGCUGCCCUUGUAGUCCUACUCCUGCACCCGCUUAUCACGGUAUGAUUCUGAAGGGCCUUCCAGGAUGAUUGAAGAAAGCGGCCGGCGCAGGAGGACGAUGGCGGAGAAGCGACAGCUCUUCAUGGAGAUGAGGGCGCAGAACUUUGACGUGAUUCGGCUCUCCACCUAUCGGACGGCGUGCAAGCUGCGAUUUGUACAGAAGAGAUGUAACCUUCACCUGGUGGACAUCUGGAACAUGAUUGAGGCGUUCCGGGACAACGGUCUGAACACGCUGGACCACAUGACGGAGAUGAACGUGUCGCGGCUGGAGACCAUCAUCUCCUCCAUCUACUACCAGCUCAACAAGCGCCUCCCGUCCACCCACCAGAUCGGCGUGGACCAGUCCAUCAGCCUCCUGCUCAACUUCAUGAUUGCCGCCUACGACAGUGAAGGACACGGGAAGCUGACGGUGUUCUCGGUGAAGGCGAUCCUGGCGACCAUGUGUGGCGGGAAGAUCCUGGACAAGUUGAGAUAUAUCUUCUCCCAAGUGUCCGACUCCAGCGGCUUCAUGGUCUACGCCAAGUUCGACCAGUUCCUGAGGGAAGUGUUAAAGCUUCCGACCACGGUGUUCGAGGGCCCGUCCUUCGGGUACACGGAGCACUCUGCGCGGUCCUGCUUCCCCCCGCAGAAGAAGAUCACCCUGAACAUGUUCUUAGACACCAUCAUGGCCGACCCCCCUCCGCAGUGCCUCGUCUGGUUACCUCUGAUGCAUCGUCUCGCCCAUGUAGAAAACGUCUUCCAUCCUGUGGAGUGCUCCUUCUGCCGCUCGGAGAGUAUGAUGGGUUUCCGCUAUCGCUGCCAGCAGUGCCACAAUUACCAGCUGUGCCAGAGCUGCUUCUGGAGGGGCCACGCCAACGGCCCGCACAGCAACCAGCACCAGAUGAAGGAGCACUCCUCCUGGAAGUCACCGGCGAAAAAGUUGAGUCACGCGAUCAGUAAAUCCCUUGGCUGCGUCCCCAGCAGAGAACCGCCGCAGCCGGUGUUCCCGGAGCACCCCGAGAAGCCGCUGGACCUCUCCCAUAUAGUCCCGCCUCACCCUUUAUCCAACAUGAACGAUGCUAUGGUCACUCACAUCUCAUCCGGUGCCCCGACGCCCACUAAAAGAGCCCGGAUUGUGCCACUGAAGACAUCAUGUCUGGAAGAGGAGCUGAUAAAUAUGAAGAGAUCCCAGGGAGACAUCCUCGGGAGCUGCCUCAUGUCACCGCACAUCAUGGACAUUGGCAGCCGCCUACCAGACGAGCAUGCCCUGAUAGCGGACUAUGUGGCCCGGCUCCGCAAUGGCACACGUGUGUUGGACAGUCCUAGCCGGCUAGACGAGGAGCAUCGUCUGAUCGCUCGCUACGCCGCCAGACUCGCCGCUGAGGCCGGGAACUCUCCUCGACCGCCCACUGAGCUCAGCUUUAACUUCGACGCCAACAAGCAGCAGCGACAGCUGAUCGCCGAGCUGGAGAAUAAGAACCGAGAAAUCCUGCAGGAGAUUCAGCGGCUGCGUCUGGAGCACGAGCAGGCGUCCCAGCCCACCCCGGAGAAGGCGCAGCAGAACCCCACCCUGCUGGCCGAGCUGCGGCUGCUGCGGCAGAGGAAGGACGAGCUGGAGCAGAGAAUGUCAGCUCUUCAGGAGAGCCGCAGGGAGCUGAUGGUGCAGCUGGAGGGGCUGAUGAAGCUGCUGAAGGCACAGGCAGCCGGAUCUCCUCAUUCCUCCCCGAGCCAUGGUGCCAAUCGCUCCAUGCCUAUGCCAGUGCGCUCCACGUCGGCCGGCUCCACCCCGACCCACGUACCUCAGGACUCCAUAGCCGGACUAGGAGAUGUACAAGAAGCCUUUGCACACGGUACCAGAAGGAAUCUACGGAGCGAUCUGCUGGUGGCUGCAGAUUCGAUCACUAACACCAUGUCCUCCCUGGUGAAGGAGCUGCACUCAGCCGAAGAUGGAGCCAACGAGGAAGAGGAAAAGACCGAGAAGGACAGAGGUGAUGGGGGAUCUGUGUGGGGCUAAGUGACCACAGCAGAAGAACGAGGUGAUUGAAGCACAGAGCGCCCCCUAUAUCCAUGUAAUUUAUGAAAACACAAAAGCCGCAUUUCACCAGCCAGCAGAGACGUGACCGGCCGGGGGAGCCCUGUUACUGCAUGCUCGGUUCUGGAUGUAACAUAAAACAUGCUGCGUGUUACUGGGCCAUGUGCCAUCAUGUCAGAGGCUGGAGGCAUCGCGUGUGCGCCCGUCAUGGGUGAAGAGGCUGAGACACUGUGACUGCACAUGGCUGCAGCUCCCUCUAGCGCUGGACACGUGACCGACCCCCCUGCCAUCUUGUGUUCUUCAUAUGGACUGAGCACUCGCGGGAGGACUCGUGUUCUGUGGUGUCUAUGCUCCACGGAGAGACGGUACAUUUCAUGUCCAAUGUUUACAGAUAAUAAAUGUGUCUGUCUGUCA